AUGACUUCAGAGGCGCUUAUAGACAGCAACCUCGCCGACCUGACACUGCUCUCGAAGGGCAAGGUUCGCGACAUCUACACGACCUCCGACCCGAGCACCCUGCUCUUCGUCGCAUCCGAUCGCAUCUCCGCCUACGACGUGAUCCUCAAGAAUGGCGUCCCGGAUAAGGGCAAGAUCCUGACCCGCAUCUCGCGCUUCUGGUUCGACCGCCUCGCGCACAUCGUCCCCCACCACCUCGUCACCGACGACGUCGACGCGAUGCCCGCGGAGGUGCGCGCGCACGCGGCGACGCUCGCCGGGCGCACGAUGCUCGUCCGCAAGGCGCGCGUCGUGCCGCUCGAGGCCAUCGUGCGCGGGUACAUCACCGGGUCGGCCUGGGCGGAGUACAAGAAGACGGGGACCGUGCACGGGAUCGCGCUCCCCGCGGGCCUCGUCGAGUCGCAGAAGCUGCCCGAGCCGCUGUUCACGCCCUCGACCAAGGCCGAGCAGGGCGCGCACGACGAGAACAUCUCGCCCGCCCAAGCGGCCGCGCUCGUCGGCGCCGAGCUCUGCGCGCACAUCGAGCGCGGCGCGCUGCGGCUCUACGCCGAGGCCGCCGCGUACGCGCUCGCGCGCGGGCUCAUCCUCGCGGACACCAAGUUCGAGUUCGGGCUCGUCCCGCUCGCCGCCCUCCCCGCGGCGUCCGCGUCCGCGCCCGUCUCGCUCGCGGUCGACGGCGAGGAGAUGGCGCUGCUGCUCGUCGACGAGGCGCUCACGCCGGACUCGUCGCGCUACUGGCCCGCGGCGGGCUACGCGCCGGGGGGCCCGCAGCCGAGCUUCGACAAGCAGUUCCUCCGGGACUGGCUCACUGCUGAGGGCUUCCGGAAGGGGCGCGAGGCGGGCCCGGAGGGGCACGAGGGGAGGGGUGGGCGAUGA